UUAGAAGCCCUUUUGUUGCAGCUGAAGACCAGUUCGCCCUCUUGCUUUCUUCUCAUCUGCAUUCCCUCAUCAUCCUCAGAGGAAGAGCCAUGCCGAGCAGUCAGGUCCUCCUGCUGUGCAUCCUGGGAGCUGCGCUGUUCUCCACAGUGCUGGCCAACAAUGGAAUUUCUCCUGAGGACUGCUGUUUUGCCUUCUACCCGAGGAGAGUGAACAAAAACCUCAUCGCGUCAUAUUACCUGACGGAUCAGAGGUGCACAAGGACAGGAGCCAUCAUUGUGACGAAGAGGGGAAAGCACAUCUGCGUAGACCCCAAUCUCAGCUGGGUUCAGGGCAUCAUGAAGCUUCUGGAUGAACGCGGCUUCUAAAGAAAUGCUCUGUCUGGGGGGGGAAAAAUGCAGCUUUUAAGAGGAAAUUGCUUCUUUCCUUUGCUUUAGCUGGUCAUAUACUCUGUAACACAUAACACACACACACACACACACACACACACACACACACACACACACACACACACACACAUGUAUGUAUGUAUCUGUAUACAUAUUACAAUCUAAU